AGAUCUUUGCUUAGUUUACAAUACUUUUCAAAGGAGGAAAAAGCGUCAAGCAGCCGCUGCCUAUCACACAUUUGAUCAAAAUCUGAUCAAUCGGACUUCACAAAUUGCUGGGUACCAAAGAGAUUUGAAGUAAAUCCGAUUCAUCAUCAUCAUUUACUCACGAAGCUGGAGAACAGCUCUCUAAGGAAAGAAUAGGCUUGGGGAGAAUGUCUGAUCAAAUAGCAAAAGGUCUAGAGUUUGAGAAGAAAGCUGAGAAGAAGCUGAGUGGAUGGGGCCUAUUUGGAUCCAAGUAUGAAGAUGCUGGCGAUUUAUAUGAAAAAGCCGCCAACUGCUACAAGCUUGCCAAAUCUUGGGAUCAAGCUGGAGCUGUAUAUGUCAAGUUGGCCCAGUGUUAUUUGAAGAUGGAAAGCAAACAUGAAGCUGCUAAUGCUUAUGCUGAUGCAGGUCAUUCGUACAAGAAAACAAACACCAAAGAGUGCAUAGCUUGCCUAGAGCAUGCAUUUAAUUUGUUCAUGGAAAUUGGGAGGCUCAGCAUGUCUGCAAGAUAUUGCAAGGAAAUUGCGGAGUUAUAUGAACAGGAACAGAACUUGGAGCAGGCCAUCGCUUACUAUGAUAGAGCAGCUGAUCUUUUUCAAGGUGAAGAAGUAACAACUUCUGCAAACCAGUGCAAGCAGAAAAUUGCACAAUUUUCAGCUCAGCUGGAACAAUAUCAGAAAGCUAUAGAGAUUUAUGAAGCUGUAGCACGACAAUCUAUCAACAAUAACUUGCUAAAAUAUGGAGUCAGAGGUCAUCUACUUAAUGCGGGCAUUUGCCAACUCUGUAAAGGUGAUGUUGUUGCAAUCACAAAUGCUUUGGAGCGUUAUCAGGAACUGGAUCCAACAUUUUCAGGAACACGUGAAUACAGAUUACUGGCGGAUUUAGCUGCUGCACUGGAUGAGGAAGAUGUUGCAAAGUUCACCGACGCUGUCAAGGAAUUUGACAGCAUGACUAAGCUGGAUGAGUGGAAGACGACCCUUCUGUUGAGAGUGAAGCUGCUUCUGAAGGCGAAGGAAGAUGAGGAAGAUGAUCUUACUUGAGUUGGGUUUAUCCGACAUUAACUUCAUCAUAGUCAUGCUAUCUAUCAUCUUCGUGUUUUUAUGUGUGGUUGUGUUUCAGAAUCUUGGGGUUUCUUCAGAGCAAAUGUGUAAUUUCGUUGCUAUAAUGAGUGCAUCUCAUGGUGCUAAGAGUUUGGUUUUCUAAGAGGAACAUAAACUCUGAUCUUCAGAGGUCUAUUGUUCUUUCGUGUGAAUUGGUUUGGAUUGUUGUUGCUUGUGCAGUUGCUCGAAAUUGAAUUUAUUCAAUUGCCUCUUUUCAGUUUUUGGAGAGAA